GUUUGCAGUGUUUGGAUCGAAGAUAUCCCUCAGAGCACAAGAGAUUCAUUUAAACAAGGUAUGGCUUAUCCAGGCUAUGGUGCUCCACCACCAGGUGGAUAUGGCGGGGGUUACCCAGGCUUUCCAGGAGGCUAUCCAGGUGCAAUGCAGCAGCAAGAUCCUUUGUUUGGAUAUUUUUCAGCCGUCGCUGGGGCAGAUCAGCAGAUUGAUGCAAAAGAACUACAAAGCAGUCUAACAAGUUCAGGAAUGUCUGGAAGUUAUCACCCUUUCAGCUUGGAGACUUGCAGGAUUAUGAUCACCAUGUUGGAUCGUGACUAUAGUGGCAAAAUGGGUUUCAGUGAAUUUAAGGAAUUAUGCGGUGUGUUGCAUCAGUGGAAGACGACCUUUAUGCAGCAUGACAGAGACAGGUCAGGAACAGUUGAACCCCACGAGCUGCAUGCUGCACUCACCUCUUUUGGUUAUCGGUUAAGUCCUAAUGCGCUGAACAUCAUCGUCAAGCGGUAUUCAACCAACAAUCGAAUUACCUUUGACGACUUUGUUGCUUGCUGCGUGAGGUUGAGGGCUCUGACAGAUCAAUUUAGAAGGCGCGAUACAGCUCAGAACGGGAUGGCAACUUUUCAAUACGAUGACUUCAUCCAAGUAUCCAUGUAUUGUUGAAGACGAUGUACAAGUUCCUGCAAGCUCUUCUACCGUUAUUUUUUUUUUUUAAUGCAUAAUGUAAUCAUUUGUUAGGCCCCUUUUUUUUCUAUGAAUUUAUAGUCAAACUUGAAAGAUACAACAGAAGAUACUUCUUCUCAAAAGAAGUGUAGGUUCUACAGCUACGAUUAUCGGCCAGAAAUCUUCAAAUGAGAGGAUAUGUUCUUUUGUUGGACAUGUGUAUUGCGCGCGUACAUUCGUGCCUGCAUGUUCAUAGGAUCUGCGUCUGUUCUCUUAAAAAGUGACCGAGAUUAGUAAUUCAACCAGAAUUACAGUAAACGUUUUAGAGGGCACUUUCUAGCACCUACGAAAUUGUGCAAUCUCCAUAAUAAUUAGGUAUUAGAACAUGUUUUAAGUAUGUACCACUAGUGUAGGCUUGCAAUAAAUUUUAAAUCGAAGAUA